GCUGCGGCCCCAGCGAUCAGUUUUGUUUUAACUAUGAACGAAUGUAGAACAUCUUGGAGCGCUCCAAACAAUGGCAUCGUGAAAUAUUUUCUACUACUACUGCUGCGGCUGCUGCUGCUGGAGAGUGGAGCUGUGCAAGCAAAAAUUUACACAAAUGAGCCUUUUUCAUAUACUUUGGUGGCACCUUAUACCAUCUCAUCGUAUCAACCCUAUAAAGUUGCUGUGGCCAUAUUCAAUUGCAAAUAUUUGUGUAGCUAUAAUGUCUAUCUGCGCGGCCCCAACCUCAAUUUGAGCGUGAUAUUGAAUCUAACUCCAUAUUUUCCAACCACUACGUAUGACUUCAAUAUUCCGAAAUUAGAUGUUGGCACUUAUUGGCUAAAGGUAGAGACGAUGCAGGGAUGCUAUUUGAAGAACUCAACGACCUUACAAUGGCGUAACUUUAAUGGCAUUAUCAAAAUACAAACGCCCAAGGUUUACUAUAAUCCCGGACAAUUGCUACAAUUUCGCGCAUUCUUUCACAAUGAGAAUAUGCUGCCCAUAAAAGCAGUGGAGGAGUCAGUAAUAUGGAUUGAGGACUCCAAAGGAUUUCAUGUCAAGGGCUACAGGAAUCUUGAGCUGAAAAAUGGAAUAUACGAAGGUGAAUUAAGACUCAGCUCACAUCUGAACUUUGGCCUUUGGCGUAUUUGUGCCAGAAAUGGUUACCAUGUCCAUGAGGAAUGCGCCCAUAUACAUGUUCAAAAAUAUAGAUUAUCGCAGAUGCGAAUUGAUAUGACUGUUCCAACUGAAGUAAGUUUAAUGGACGGCACAUUUGAGCUCGUGAUACAGGCAGUGCACGAUGUUGAUGGUCCAGUCAAAGGCCCUGUUACUGUUUAUAUCGAGCUAAUAGAUGCAAAUAAAACAAAAGCUUCGCCAGUUGUACAAACUAAGAACCAGAUGGAAAACGGCACAGCAAGUAUCACUAUUGAUCUACAGCAAUUCAAAGAUAACUUAAAAGGCCUAAAUGCGGGCAAGCUAAAAUUAACCGCAAGUAUUUAUGAGAGGUUAAUCCAACAAGAACAAAAUAAAACACGGAUGGUAACAAUAUGGACGAACAAUGGGGAUAUCGGUAACCUUACCAUAUCCAAACCACAGGAAAAGGAUGCUACUAAAAUACCCGCUAGACCAAUGAAAUUAAUGGAGACAGUCUACUUUAAUGUUAGCCACGUGGUCGAGAGUGCAAUAUCUAUGGUGGUACAUAAUCGCCGUAUAUUAGAUUCAAAAAAAGUCCAUCCAGAUAACACACAAAAACGUUUUGAGGUCUCAGUUGAAUUAAAAAAGCGAUUGUUGCCAGCCUUUUAUGUGUUUUUGUACUAUGUGCACACUCCAUCGAUGACUUUAUGCCUACAUUCCAUAACCGUUGAGCUGGAGCUAUCACAUCAUGACGGUGUCUUUAUCGACUUGCCCGACAAAUUGGAGCCUGGCGUAGACAUCAAGUUCAAUAUCAAAGCUAGGAAAAAUUCCUAUGUUGGCCUUACUGCUAUGGAUAAUCGAGUUUAUGCUCUUGGUGAAAAUAUGGAUAAUGAUUUUCGUCUAAACUAUUUCGAUUUUAUAAAAACAUCCGUGUUGGAGUCCGAUAUAAUUUUGAGCGACAAUCUAGCUAUUAUACAAGCAGGAUUAUUAUUUCUGUCAAGUGCCCACAACACUUCCAGCACAAAUCAAACAAUUAAAUUGUUGAAGCCAAUGGAGACGUUUAAUUACACAAUUGCAACAAGGCCAGAAUUUCAUAAAAUAACCAAUGCAGAUAAAACCCCCAUAGAGUCGAAUUAUGCAUGUUGUCAUGUACCAAAGGUGAUCAACGAAUAUAACGAUAUUUGGCUGUUUGACAGCAUAGAUUAUACAAAAAGCGAUUGGACCACUUGGCAUACAACGGUGCCAAGGUCGGCUGUUGACUGGAGAAUGAGCGCAUUUUCAAUUCAUCCUGAGACAGGGAUAACCUUUUUAGCGCCGAAACCGUUUAAGAAUGUAAAAACCAUCAGUGAUAUUUAUUACACCCUAAAGACCCCCAGCACCGUACAACGUGGGGAAGAAUUUGAAGUCACUUUGCUGUGUACUAACUGGUUUAGCACAAAGUUGCGACUCGAUAUAAAACUUAGGGUGACUUCACGCUUUAAAUUGCUUGAGGACAGCGAAAAUUUCCGUGGCUGGUUAACCAACAAAUUGGUGACCGUAGCGGUAAAUGAGACCAAAAAGACAAUAUAUAAUUUACGCGCCCUUAAGCGAGGAAAAAUUACACUGUAUUUUACCAUACACUCUGAUGUUGGCAACCAUGAGAUAAUUAGAGAGAUCUAUGUUCUGCAAGACAUUCAUCUGAGGACCCAGCAAUUCUUUAGGUAUAAAACACUAACACUUCGACACCAAACUAUGAGAGGACAAAUCAUAUUGCCGAACAAACCAUCCGAAUCGGGCCUCCAGUGCUAUAUAAGUGGUCAUUUAAUUGUACCAAAAUUGCAAAAUCUGAAGUUUUUGAAAGAAUCGGAUAAUACCGAGGAAAUAAUCAGUAAGCUGAUGUCCACUUAUUUAUUGUACAACUAUGUAAUGAAUGCUACAUGGUGUUCACCGGCCUAUAAGCAGUUUCUGAAGGAGCAGUUGAUCGGAGGAUUGCAAUCGCUGAUGCGCGUACGUCAUGCGGAUGGAGGAUUUCGAUUGCAUGUUCAAAAUGAUAUGGCGAACUGUACGUCAACAUGGAUGACAACAUAUGCCGUACAAUACUUGCAUUACUUAGAGAAAUUACCAAAUAUGAUCUAUGAGCCAAAAUUGAUAAAACAAAGUGAGAAAUUUGUUUUAAGCAAACGUGGAACGCACGGAGAGAUCCUAGAGAAUUGCUAUACACCUAGCCGACGAAAUUUAUCAACUUUGGAGCUAAAUAUCGAGGUUUUAAAGGUUCUGCAAUUCUCCAAGCGUCUGAUCGCAUUGAAACAACCCCAUGCAUGGGUUACCUUUAUUAUGAAUCAGAAAUUUAAAUACUAUUUGGAAGCUAAGCGCGGUCUUAACCCAGUUGAAUGGAAACGUCCGGAAGAGAAUGAUAACUGGAUACAAUAUCGACGUGAGCUUGAAACAGCUGGGCGUAUUUUAUCCAGAGAAGUGACUUUACAAAACCCUGAACAGCAGCCCCGAAUUUUCGAGUGGAUAACGCACCAAAUUCUCGGCCCAAUGCUCAAUGUCUUUUGUUAUGAGUGCUUUAUUGCAGAGCAGGCCUAUUACGACUAUCUGAAUACCCUACCGCUUGUCAAAACAGACAUAACCCUAUCGUUCUGGACAGCUUCGAAGGCGAAUAGUAAAACCCUGCAUAUCAAUGCUACAAAUGAGUGGGACGAACAAUAUAUAACCUUGAGGCCAAUUAACUCGUCCAUUGAAUUCAAAGCCGAUGGCAUAGGGGAUUUGGUUGUACGCUGCAGCUAUGAAUAUGUUGAAGAGGAUACAAGUUACAAUUUAUACCAUGCAACCAUACAAUUCAGUAAUGAAUUUAAUAUCAAGUUUUGCAUUCAGCGCUUUGGACGGAAACGAAAGGCGUAUAUGGGCACGAAUAUAGAGAUACAGUUGCCAUCGGGCUAUAUUGUGGAUGAGGACAGUCUAGCCCAGUUGAUGCAAAAGAUAUUGAUUGUUCAAGCCAUAUCAACGCAAAAGGGUACUAAACUUUUCGUGAUUAUGACCCCACUUCCAAAGGCAAAAUUGGUUUGCUAUACUUUCAGUACUAUGAAAAUCAUGGUGGUAAAGAAGUUGAAAAAGGCAACAAUGGCUAUUUAUGAUAUUAACGAUUCACAAAAUCCCCAUAUAUUUAGCUAUAAUGUGUUUCAGGGACACGCUUCAGAAACUGUAUAAUUGCCAA